AUGUCCAACCCUAUCGAACGAGAAGCCGAGGAUCUCUACGAGAGAGACAACGAUCCGUCACCAGUUACCGGGACGGUAACAGACAAUGACUACGUAGGGGAGACAAACCCAGACUACAAGGAUACAGUUCCUGUCCAAGAAGAUGAACAGCCUGUCGAGGACCCUGUGCAGCCACCAUAUUCCAAUUCGAAUGAGCAACUCGAGCAAGACGAAAAGGAAGCGAUAGACCAGUCCAACGUUUUACGUGGUGAACGACUUCGCCAUGCUAAGCCACGCACUUCGAAUCGGUAUAACGAGGGACCAGACGAGACCGACCUCCCAGCAAUGGAGUAG